AUGAGAAUCACGUUGGCCAUUGUGGCUUCGUGCCUCAGCUCGCACGCUGUGGCCAAGAGCUUCUCGCCGAGCAAUGCGAACCAAUACUGCAUGUACGCCAUAUAUGAGUCCUUCUCUUUGUUCAAAUGGCAAGAGAACACCAACUCCACGAGCGCGGUAUCUCAAAGCUCGACACGUUCAAGCGCCGCAUCUGAGUGUACGAAUGUGCUUGAGGUAACAUCGAUAUAUGUCUCCAUGCGAGAAUAUUGUCAUGGAAGGGCAUACACUGUAGGCCUUGACUUUUGGAAGAGCCUGUGCACUAACUCCGGCUCGGCAUUGAUGGACUUGGACAAGAUCGAGGCCAUAGCUACCACCAAGUACAUCGAACAGCUACCCGUUUUCAGCCCAGACGCUGCGAACUUAGCCUCAAUUUCCUCCGCGGUACUGCUUGACAAGUCAUACUAUCGACGAGCCGUCCGCAGUGUAACUGCCGACGAGACCGAUGAUUCUCGCUCGUUGAAGAUUGCUUGGGGUAUUCACGGCUUCUGGGGAUCUGUGAUCCUGAUCGGGAUCAUCUCCAACUUCCUAACUGGACUCUUUUAUUGUCGAGAUGCAGGGCGAAGCCAGGACCCAGAAAAACCUAGAUCCCAGUCUCGCCUCCGGCGCCUAUCGCCAUCAAAUCCGAUUUCCAAAGUCCAUCAGGCUCUCAACACACACUUGAUCCUUGCGCCGAGUCUAGGGACGUAUCACCAAAGGCUGCUCUUUGGCUGUAAAGUCCCUCUACGCGGGCAAGCAUCGGUCAUUUUCGCUUUCUGGGCCCUAGCCGUUAUCCUUGCUUGUAUACGAUAUGACGCGUACUCAGACGAUCCUUUUAAUGGAACUCUCGCCUAUCAGAUCUGGGACACUAUGGGGCCGAGACUUGGCCUACUCGCCUUCGCAUGCUUGCCAUGGCUGUGGGUAUUUGCAGGCCGAAAUAAUGUCUUGAUUUGGGCCACUGGCUGGAGCUUCCACACAUUCAAUGUGUUUCACCGGCACCUCGCGAUGCUGACCAUUCUCUAUGCCAUCAUUCAUUCUAUAUCAUAUACCAUCAAGUACUUGGCUUACAGCCCGAGCAAGUAUACCACCGACUUGGAAACGGACUGGUUCAGGUUUGGCAUUGUUGCAACAGUGCUCAUGUUCUUGAUGAUCCCAUUCUCCUGCGGCGCGCUGCGCAAACGAUUCUACGAAGUAUUCCUCAUUGUGCACGUUCUCUUCGGAAUCGUCAUUGUCUACGCUCUGUUUAGGCAUAUGAGCAAGUUCGGCACAGAAUACACUCCCCACCUGUGGCCUGUAGUGGCUAUCUGGUCCUUCGAUCGCCUUGUCCGCAUCCUCCGCCUGGUCGUCUGCAAUCUGUCUAUAUACCGCAGUAGCAGCGUGCAUUCUCCGUACCAGACCACUGUCACCUACCACCCCAGCAGCGACGUUCUCCAGAUCGAAAUCCAGCCCGUGACCCUCCCCACCUCGCCCAGAGCCGGACACUACUACUACCUCUACCAACCCACGACCUUCCGCGGCUGGGAGAACCACCCCUUCACCACGGCCUCCGUUCGCUACGCCGACCGCGACAGCUCUUCCACGUCCUCCUUGCCGGGCUCGACCACUCCUUCCCGCACGUCAACGAAGAAAGAAGCCGCUAUCACCACACAGUCCCGUCCUCUCGCGCCCCCUUCACUCCCAGCAUCCACUCCGACGCUAACCUUCUGGGUCCGUCCGUACACCGGUUGGACCCACCGUCUCAAAUCCCAAGCCAUCGCCGCCGGCAACACCCUGCACCCAACCCUCGUCCUCGAGGGCCCCUACGGUCGCAGUGCGUCCACCACCCUGCGCACCUUCGACCGCAUCGUCAUGAUUAUGGGUGGCACCGGCAUCGGCGUCGCGACGGCAUACCUCCAAGUCAUGCUGUCCUCCCCGCAGGGGUUGGAGCAUCCGCAAAUCGACCUCCACUGGACGGUGCGCGAGCCCGCGCUAGUCGACCAGCUGUAUCGCGCGGAGCUGGGCUCGUAUUUCCAGUGCCCUGGAGUGCGGAUGCGGUUUUACUGUUCGCGAGGAUUAGGUGAUGCGGUGGAAGGUGAGGGAGUGCUCUCUGGGGGUUAUGUGGAUGUGGAGGAGGGGCGGGCCCCCAUUGCGCAGAUUGUGGCCCAGGCGGGGGCGGAGGAGGGCUCGGUGGCGGUCGUGGUGUGCGGUCCGGCGGAGAUGGCGGAUCUCACGCGCGCGGCCGUGCUGGCGGCGCGGCGGGGCGGGGCGAUCGGAAUAGAGUAUUUCGAGGAGGCGUAUGGGUGGUAGUCAAUCUCGCGGUAUCGGGGGAUGGCAUUGUG